AAAACUACAAAUUUCAACCAAAUCGCUCGGAAAAUGGCGGAUAAAUUGGCGAACGUGUUGGAUUCGAUUAAAAUCUCCUCCGCGCCAACGCUGAUUCCUGACAAUCUGGAUCCGAUCAAUAGUUCCGACGAUUCUUCGCUAUCCGAUUUGUCGAUGGAAACGGCGCCGGAAACAUUCUUCUCAGAACCUCCAACUCUGUCGGAUAUGUCAAUGGAAGUGCUCGGCAAAAUUGUGGAAAAUCUGGAUCCAUUCAAUCGACUUUCCGUCCGCAAAGUGUGCCGUAAACUGCGCGAUGCCAUCGAUUCCACCGAUCCAGGCUUCAAGACCGUCGAGGUUCGCGUCACUGAUGAUAUGUGCUUGCUUUGGGCGAAUAGUCAGUCUUCUUUCUACAGUAUGACGGUUUCUGGAGGCAUAAUUAAAGGCACAAAGCGUUCGGAAAAAUCUGAGUUUACUUCUUUGAAUGGACUUUUGGAUGAGCUUGCUGUGGUGCUGAAGAAUCCUAGACUUCAGCUGGACAAGCUCGUGAUCUACGCUACCAUGGAACAAGGAAAUAUUGUGAAGUGGUUCGAAGCAAGCAACCCGAUUCACACAAAAAUGCUCAAGCUAUCCGGAUUCGAGCUCAGCGAUUUCAUUUUCCUCCUGUCCCGCUUCAAACCAGGUGUUCUUGAGGAAAUCGAUAUUUCGUGGUACUUGCAUCUCGCGAACACGCCAUUCACACGAAAUUAUCGAUUAACUGACUUAUUCGAGAUGGAACAGUGGAAGCAGGCAAAAUCGAUUAUCUGAAAAUUAUCUAUAUGUUAUUUCAGAUCAUCAUGAAUAUUCCUCACUUCAAAAGCGGCGUAAUUUGGGCUCAUCAAUCAAUUCAACCGGAAGUUGCGAGAGUUUUCGUCCCAGUCUACGAUUUUGGUUAUCUUCGUACUUCUGAUAUUAAGGAGUUCCACGGCGAUGAAUUCCUUUUGACAAUCUGCAAAGAGUUUUUUAAAGUCGAAAAGAAAAAUUGUUAAUCUUAACCUUGUUAUUUUGUUAAUUCUUGAGUGAAAAUUAAUACU